AUGGCAAACGGAGACCUGAGGGAGAAUAUGUCCGGAAAACGUGGAGGCAAUCUCCUAACCUGGAAAAACAGAAUGCAAAUAGCUGUAGAGACAAGACAGCACAAGUAUCUGCACAAUGGAUGUAGGCCUCCUAUGGUCCAUAGAGAUGUGAAAACGACCAACAUUUUAUUGAACGAGCGGUCUGGAACAAAACUAGCUGAUUUUGGGCUUCAAGAUCUUUCCCAAUUGAUGGUGAAUGCCAACUUGACAGUGGUUGCAGGCACACCUGGAUACCUAGACCCCGAGUACUACAGAACAAAUUGGCUACGCGAGAAGAGUGAUGUCUACAGCUUCGGAGUAGUGCUAUUGGAGAUAGUAACAAACCAGCCAGUGAUUGCUAAAACCAGAGAAAGACCUCAUAUCAAUGAAUGGGUUGGGUUCAUGCUCACCAAAGGAGAUAGUAACAAGCUGAUGGGGGACUAUGACACAAAUGGUGCGUGGAAGAUUGUAGAGCUGGCUAUGGGUUGUGUGAACCCAUCUUCAAACCAAAGACCAACAAUGGCACAGGUUGUGAUGGAGCUAAACGAGUGUGUGGCCUUGGAAAUUGCAAGGAGACAGGGUAGUCAAGAGAUGUACUCAAUGAGUUCAGUUGAUUGUAGUCUCACUUCUGCUUCAGAGUUUGCUCCGGGAGCCAGAUAA